ACUUGACUUGUCUUCUAACUUCCUGAGUGGCAUGCUUCCAAGUUGUUUAGGCAAUACCAGCAAUACUCUUUCAGUGUUGAAUCUGCAGAGCAAUAGAUUCCACGGAACCAUUCCGGAAAUCCGUACCAAUGGAACUCAAAUGAAGAUGAUCGAUUUCAGCCAGAAUGAACUUGAAGGGCAGUUGCCGAGGUCCUUGGCCAACUACUCGAUGCUAGAGUUCAUCGACUUUGGAGAUAAUCUGUUGAGUGACAUAUUUCCAUCUUGGCUAGGAUCUCUCCCGCAGUUACAGGUCCUCAUUUUGCGAUCCAAUCGCUUCCAUGGUGUUAUAGGGAAACCCAACUCAAACUCCUUCCAGAGGCUGCGCAUAAUUGACCUGUCGGGCAAUUCAUUUACUGGUGAUUUGCCUCGAGAAUACUUCCAACUUUGGAAAUCUAUGCAAAUUGUCAACAAUUCAACAGGGAAAGUGUCUUAUAUGAAGCAAUGUUUAUCUCAACUAUGCUUGCCACCUCAGCCUUUCUUGUACACCUCUUACGGCCAAUACGAUUACUCUAUGAUGAUGAUAAAUAAAGGUAUCGAGACGUACUACCCCAAGAUAUCAGAUAGCUUCACAGUCAUCGAUCUUUCUGCAAACAUGUUUGAAGGCAACAUUCCGGAUCUUAUAGGCGAAUUGAAGGCACUUCAUUUGUUAAACCUCUCAAACAAUCUCCUUACUGGCCAUAUUCCGCCUUCCCUGGGAAACCUCGGUGCACUGGAAUCCCUGGAUCUGUCUCAAAACAGGCUCUCAGGUGAGAUUCCUCAAGAGCUGAAUAGGCUCAACUUCCUUGCCGUCAUCGAUGUGUCCUAUAACAAUCUCUCAGGGCCGAUACCCAGCGGGAAACAGUUCAAUACCUUUCCUAAGAGCUCUUUCGAGGGUAACCAAGGGCUAUGUGGAGAUCCUGUACUGAGAAAAUGUGAAGCUUCAGAGCCGGAAUCUCUGUCGGAAGGAGAUCAGGACACAGACUCGUGGAUUGAGUUUGACUGGAAACCAGUUCUCAUAGGGUGGGGGAGUGGGCUACUCAUAGGGAUGGCUAUUGGAUGUGUUUUCAUUUCAGAAAAUUGUACUUGGUUCGCAGAGAAAAUCAAGAAGAUUAUAAAACGCAUGCAUGGGAGAAGGCAGGAAAGUACAGCAGAACUGAAUUGGGUCGGGGAAUUAGAAGAAGAGGCAGAGGAAACCGAGGAGGAGCUACACGAUGAACUGGACCUGAAAGGAGAAGAUACGGACGUGCUCAUAUGCAAAGAAUUCAAACAGUAAAUAUUGUUCAUCCUUCUUAUCUCAGUCAGUGGACGGAACCAUGCUAUGCAGAAGAACCUAUAUCAUCAGGCUUAAAUAAGAUCUGCGUUUGUUUUUGAGCUUGUAUCCUGCUAGAUAUGCUUUUCACGUGUAAUAUAUUCUGUGAAAAUAUAGUUAUCAAUGAAAGUCUGUCGUGGUAAAAUUUUGGCUCCUUA